AAAGAAAAUCAGAAACGACUGUGAAGCAUGCACUGCUGACUAGCAGAUGAAGAUCAACGCUGGUGCGGGUGAUCCGCAACGAGUGGAAAACCGACCACAACACUGGAUGGCGAUGGCGGGAGGAUGAAUGGACAGCUGAUGGUCCGCUGAGUCCACUGGGAACCGCGACACCAACCAGGGCAGUGGGAGGCGACCGAGGGGCAUUGCAUUUUAUGAGAUUGUCGAUGCGGGUUCGCGCGCAGGCGGUCGACGCACCCUAUGAUUACAUGGAGUGUGAUGACACUUGGGAUGAGAACAUUCAUAACAUAGUAUUAAUCAGUUUAUACAUUUUUCUUGUGCAUCACUGUACAAGUUUAUGCCCGUCAAAAAUUUGAGACACCGACUGCAUUGUCGUCUCUCCUUGAAGUUAUUGACACCAUGUCUCGUCCGAUCGGCCUCAAACCUGGGGCACAAAAAUAGAGUUGACAUCAUUAUUCAUCAACACAUUAAUAUUUUAAAGAAUUAUUAGAUACAAUCAUAAGAAGUUAUAGCAAAUAAGUACUGUGAUGAAAGAAGAUUGGGAAACCAUUUUGUGAAUUUAAGUUGUCCUAGCAUUAACGACAGUUUAAAUGACAGUACAGUAGAAAACUUAUAUUUAGGUACAAACACGUGUGACUAAUAUUCUGUGUAAGAGACAAGUGGUCGUUGAGAAAUUGUAUAUUUGAAUUUCAUGAAGUUGAGACUAAAAUUCUUGCAAUGUAUUUUAAUGACAGAGGUUGUAUGCCGUUUGUCUCGAGGGAAGCAUUUAUCGCAUUCUUCUUCUUCCUCCUCUUCUACUAGUUCUACUUCUUCGUCCUCUCCUUUUUGUAUUCUCCUCUUUUCAAUUCUUUUCCUUCCUCUUCUUCUUCAUCUUCUGCUAAUUCUUCUACUUCUCCCUCAGGAAUGAACCUAUUGAUCUAAUCCAGCUAAUCUCCUAACAUAUAUUAAAAUUUAAUAAUUUAAUUAUAUAAUAACAAAUCAACUUAAGAUUCACUGAAAAUAGUUGUUUUUAGUCGGGAAAAGUGUGAAAUUUCUUUAUUUUUACGUGUACGUCGCCGAUCCAUUUACAAACCCGUGGUGUAUUAACAAUAAAUUGCAUUCUGGUGGGUGGGGCCGAGCUGAAACUUAACUCUCAGGUUGGAUUCAUUGCAGGUGCUCGGCUUUGUCAUAGUCUAAGGAGUAUGACUGGUGUGUCGGCUGUCGUGUUUAGAAAAAUUUGAAAUCCUUCCGAAUUUUCAAAACAGAUACUCGCUGUUUUGUACAAAACGAAUCGAAUCUCCUCAGUGACAGAUAUAUUAGUUAAUAGUGUAUAAGCAAGGUAGUCAGUUAUGUACUGUAUGAGCAAGGUAGCCCGAUGUGAAACAUUUAGAUGUAUUUUCAAAUAAACAUUUCUUCCCGGCGAGAUGUUGGCGGUGAAAGUUUAUCAAAAGAAGCAACGUACAGAUCUUUGUGACUUUAAUGACAUUCAUACCAACAAAAUGUAGACCAUCUUCACUAAAAACCUUUAACAAAAUAUGAAUCUGUGUUUUACAAGACUUCUUAAGGCCAAAAUCAAGAACAAUAUUUUAUUUGUCAAUAAACUUACCGUCCAUAGAGAAAUGUUAAUUUGAAAAUACAUUUUCCUUUAAUAAAUAAUGUUUCACACGUAUUCAAUUUGAUGGAAUAACUUAAAAGAAUUAGCAUUAUUUCUCUCUUCGUUGUAUUGUUCGUUUUAUAUAUUGCGUAACAAGAUUUAUUCAUCCUCUUCAAUUUAAGUACAUCAAACUUCCUCUUCGCAUCAUCAUUGAUGUGAUGUUUUUGUUCGGAAGGUGCAGACCAAGGUAUGGAAAUAAAAACCGAACCUCAAAAGGCAAGUGUAGGGGGAUGCACAAUGUGCCUCUAAAAAGGCCUUCGUCACGCCGAGAAGAUCCCUAUCAUUGACGAAAAGUACGGACAUGUGAGUGACGAUUCAUAAUUGCGAAAUGCGUUUUCUUCAUUUUUGCACCGCAAGCGCCUUUUUGGUCGGCGAGGGCGGUGAUUGGCUGGGCAAUUUGCGCUGCGCCGCAGGAGCAGGAGCAGCAGGGAAGGUCAUGGGCGCGCUGGGUGAGCGGGCGGGGCGAGAGAGCAUAAAAGGGAGGCCGUCGGGGGUCCCUCGCCAAUUCGCUUGUUCUUCCAGGAAUCGGCAUGCCGCAGCUUGAGUUUCAAGAGGCACCGAACGGGGGCAGCGCCACUGCCGCCGUGUACGCGAACCGCUUUUUGUCGCCCCCGGAUGCUGCCAAUUUGCAAGCGAUUGAUUGGCUGUGGGCGUGGCAGUUGUCUGUCGCAGGGUCAGGGGGAGAGGCUGGGCUGUUCCGCGACCCUGACUUUUCCACCGACGCCGACGCGCUGCCGGCAGGGCUGCCCGACGACUUCAAGAUCUGCGCCUGGAAACGCCCGCACGAGCUGAGCCCCAAGCCGCGCAUGUUCGUGGGCGGCGCCAGCCGGAGCGACGUGGUGCAGGGCGCGCUGGGCGACUGCUGGUUCCUCUCCGCCUGCGCGGCAGUCGCGCAGAAUCAGGAACUCGUCAAACAGGUCAUCCCGCUGGGGCAAGUGCUGUGCGGCGAAGGCUACUCCGGGGCGUUGACGUUCCGCUUCUGGCGCCUGGGCCACUGGGAGACUGUGCGCAUCGACGAUCGCCUGCCCGUCGACGGCAGCGGUCAACUGCUCUACGCGCGCGCCGCCCACCCGGACGAGUUCUGGGUGCCGCUACUGGAGAAGGCCUUCGCCAAUGAUUCUCGAUGGGACGAGAUCGAUCAGCCUACGAAGGACAGCAUGGAGUUCAAAGUGGAGGAAGACGGAGAAUUCUGGAUGGAGCUGAACGAUUUCACUAGCAACUUCAAACACAUUACUUUCGCCACGAAGAAACCUGUGGAAAUGGAUGACGCCAAAUAUUGCGAAGUGCUUCACGGAUCAUGGGAAAAAGGAAUCAGCGCUGGAGGGAACCAAAGCGACAUGAAAAUUUUUGCAACCAACCCGCAGUUCUCUUUGAUUGUGAACGAAGCAGAUGAAGAGGAUGAUGAAUGCAGCGUUGUGCUGGAGCUCAUCCAAGAAAACGACAGACAGAAGUGUCGCUGCCUCGAAGAUAUCGCACUUUUCAUUUACGAGGAAUCCAACAUCAAGGAUAAUGGUACAAGCACCGCGUUGGGGAUAAAAGCUACCUUGUGUAUGUAUGUCAUGGUUCAGGACCGAGAUAGGUCUAAGGGCUAUGUCGACUUGCUGUUCGUGGAGCACAAGUGA